CGCGCUCAGCUCAGUGAUGCUGUCGCGCGGACAACACUCAGUACAGAGACACAACAGAAGCAGUGCAAACAAACAGCUGCCAACAUAACGCAAAGCGAGCCCAAAAAUCCCUCAGUGACUGAAAUAUAAGGAGUCUUGUGUUACAGUAAGAUUUCACGAAGUAGUUUGUGGUGUUUACAUUAAGAAACAAAGACAAGUGCUUUGACUGCAGCGCUGACUGACUCGCUCUCACUGAGGAAGCGCAAACCUUCACGUCCAUCUAGAGUGACUCAGUGGCUGCCAUGGAUUCGGAAGAUGAACCGUUGUUGCUCCAAGGUACCUGGAACCUAAGUGAGUUUGAAGAGCAGGAGGAGGAGGAAGAGGAGGAGGAGGAUGGAGAUGGAGGAACAGAACAAGUAAAUGGAGACGAACAGGUCUGUAAAGGGUUAUGGUGGGCUUUGGGCUGGGUGUACACGCAGCCCUGGGCAAGCGGGCUGGUUCUGGCCAUGGGAUUUCUGGUACCCUUCGCCCUCUCGGCUUAUAUGUUCCUUCGCUGUGAACCACUAGACAUUGACCUUUCUUACAGCGCGUUCGAGGUCAGGAGUCAUGCCUCGGCAGAACAUUUUGACGCUCUCACCAUUGCCCUGAAAAACCAGUUAGGGUCUUGGGACAGGCACAGGCGUGACGCCGAGGGAUUUGACCUUGAAGCCAAUGCUCUGAGGGACCUUUUGUUGCUCAUGGUAAACAGAAAAGGGAAGGACGUCUCUACACUGAUGAAUGUCACAGAACCCGCAAGGAUCUUGGGACAGACUGAGAUGGAGGCACACAAUGACAACAGACAGUUUGGAAAUGAGAAAAACAACAAGAUGAAAGAGGAAAAGACAGACUCUGUAAAGCCUAACAUAGCGGUAAACCUCAAUUCAAGUGAUGCUGAAGAUCACAGGAAACCAGACUCACUCUUAAUGAGGAAGCGAAGAUUUGCGGGUUACUCCUACCUUCAGACCCAGGCCCUCUGGAGGAUAGAGCUAGUGUUUGUGGCCCAGGGUGACAAGGAUAACAACAUCUUUAGCCCCGAACGCCUUCACACCAUACACCACGUCGAGAGACUUCUAAUGCAGCACCCUCAGUUUCAGCAGUUCUGCUGGAAGCCACUGGAGGCAUUGCGAGACUUGCCUCUGGGACCUUCCUUCUGCUCCCCUCCAAGCUCCCUUCUGUCCUACCUCUUUCCCAGUGAGCGUGGGGGGAAGAUCUACUAUGAUGGAAUGGGACCCGACCUAGCUGACAUACAUGGUGCCCUGAGCUUGGCGAUCACUCAUCCGCAGUUUUACUGGUACGUGGAUGAGACACUCACACCAGACAAGCUUCAGUCCUCUCUUCUUCGCAGUGAGAUCCAUUUUGGAGCUCCGCUCCCCUCCUUCUACUCUCUCCAAGACAGACCUCUAGAACAGAGACAUCUCUACAGAGACUUUGUGGUGCAGUAUGCGGACAUCCUGUCACAACAAUCCACCAGUAAAGUGAAGGUGUUGUUCGGGGGUACGGAGUUAUUUGAUGAUGAGGUGCGGAAGACCUUCCACAGUGACAUAUUGCUGGCUUUGUUCAGUGGGGGAUGCAUUACUGUCCUUGUGUACGUUCUCACCUCAUUUUCUGUGUUUCAGACGUUCUUUGGCUUGGCCAGUAUUGGUCUGAGCUGUCUCGUGGCGCUCUUCUUGUAUCAUGUGGUGUUUGGAGUGAAAUAUCUCGGUAUUCUCAAUGGAGUGGCAGCUUUCGUGAUCAUCGGCAUUGGUGUGGAUGACGUGUUUGUGUUCAUCAGUACGUUCAGACAGUCAGCCCACCUGACUUGUUCAAUGCAGCGUAUGAUUUACACAGUAAAGACAGCAGGCCGAGCCACGUUCCUCACGUCCUUCACAACAGCAGCAGCAUAUGCUGCAAACACCUUCUCACAGAUCCCAGCGGUUCAUGACUUCGGUCUGUUCAUGUCUCUCAUUGUGAGCUGCUGCUGGCUUUGGGUGUCUAUUCUCAUGCCUGCUGCCCUUUGCAUCUGGAGUCAGUGUGGAGCUGCCCAUGCCAACACCUGUCCCAAAUGGUGGAGCGCUUUAACUAAACUGUCCGCCAGCCCGAGUCCCCUCUCAGAUGAUGAUGAUGUUGCUCUAAUAACGGUAGAAAUGGAACCAGGUGUGUACGAAUCGGAUGCGGCGCUGCUGUCGCUCUCGGCCGAAGCUCCUUUGGCCGUGUCCACCGAGGGCAGCGUAGGGGUGGUCAGCGCUCACCUUCAGAGGCUCCUGAGACACUGGGUGGCAGAGCCUGUAGUGGAGAAACGGAAAACUAUUAUAGGUGUGUAUGCUCUGGUUCUGCUGGGUUCGGUGUGGUGCUGUUGUCUCCUGCGGCCGGCCAGUCACGCGCCUGUGCUCUUCCACAGAGACACCAACCUGCAGAGACUGCUGGACCUGCGCAGCAACCUCAGUGCCCAGGGCAUCGCCUGCCAUAUGUGCUCGGGUGUUUUUAUGGAGCGACCUCAUAAUCUGCACAGCACUGCUGACUUCACAAGCUCUACCUCAGGGAACCAUCCCACAAUUCUCUUAAACCAGACCAAGCCAGCAUCCAACAACAGCGCACAGACGCUCGCAGGUGGUCUCCUUACUGUCUAUGUGUUUAAACUGGACACGGGCUCUGUUGUCCCUCUAUAUCGUUAUUCAAUAAGUGCCAGUGUACCUGCACCCUGGCAGGCUUCAUCGUCUGCACACGGGGAUGUGCCCUUCUUUCAGGCCUACAGCAGUCCUCAUAGCAACUUCAGCACGCGGAUGAGCGUGUGUGUGUCUCACGCGUAUCACCCGCGCCCUCGCUGGAUGCUGACUCUGCGCUCGUGUGACGCCAGCCGGCGCUGGAGAUCAGAGCUUGACUUCUACGUGGCGUCGGUCGAGCAGCGGCACAGCAGGAAGCUCUAUUUUGCCCAGCACACGAUCAGCCCAUACCCCAGUCGUGUGUGUGAGGGGCCGCCAGGGUGUGUGUUCAGCUCUGGACCUGAUGGACCCACUCAGGGCAGCUUCUACGCCCCACUACCUGCAGCUCCCAACCAGAUUAAGAUCUCCAGGACAUCCGGCUUUAACCCCUGCAGCGGAGGUCAGUGUGGAAAACCAGCAGUGCGUCCUCUAGUGGACACCGGAGCCAUGGUGUUCGUGGUGUUCGGCAUACUGGGCAUCAACCGCACUCAGCGCUCAGACAACCAUGUUAUUGGAGACCUGACCACCUACAAGGGAAAGUCUUCAUUUCAGACUCACUCUGAUUUCCUCCAAUGGGAGAGUUUCCUGCAGAAGCAGCUCGCAUCACUCCCAGCAUCCUCGGUCCUGAGACGAGGCUUCCAGACCUGCCAACACUGGAAACAGAUCUUCAUGGAAAUUAUAGGCAAGAGAGCAAAAAUAGAAUGUGGCAAAGACAGAAACGAGCUUUGA